UGAUCCCACUAAUCAUGGCAGUAAGCCAGGCUGGUCAUAGUGACGCGCUGAUUUCCAGCUGUCAAUGUAGCAGGAGCCUAUUGCUGGGCAUUUACAGCAUGCAGAACAGUCAGGCCACAUGAUAAGAUCCUCGUCUCAGGCAGAUGGAGGAAGAUCUCCGAUAUCAGCAGCUAGACAUGCCACGCUAAUUAGACUUUCUAUAGCCACGUCUAGGCCUCUCCAAAUGAUCUAAAAGCAUGACAGGCCCAGGAAUGAUGUUCGACCCUCUGUGGUCCCUACAUCUCAAACCAACUAUAACUAUUUGAUUAAUUUCUCAAUACUGCACCUUUCAACAGCCAAAGAUCCCACAAUGCCUUCCAAGAUCCCCGAACACCUUUAUCAUGUCCUCUUAACCAUCACUCGCCUCAACAAGAACCCCAAUAAUCUCGUCGAAAUCCUCCGGAUCCCUGGAACUUACACCAGUCUACUCGCCGCCAAAGCCGCGGCGCACAGCUGUCUCUACGACGCCGGCUACGAGCGUGACUUCUUUCCAACCUAUGAAACCAGCGCCCACAUUUUUGAACAAGAGAACCUGCCCGAUCGCACAGGACUCGCCAUUUACGCCGUUGCGCCAGACGGCACCACCUUCCGCGUCCGCAUCGAUACCACACAGAACAAGCUCCAGCUCACCACCGAUCUCGACGAUGGCCGCAUCUCUAUCCCGCUAUUUUACGUCGUGCAGGCGAAUGUAGAAUAUGAUGCCAUCGAAGGGGAAAGCACAGUGCGGGAGGUGAUAGUGCAGGGCACAUUUACGGAUUACAUGCAAGCAAGGGAGUACGCGAAGGGAGUCUUGUUGUCGGAGAAAGAUGGCAUUCUGAAGGGCAGUUAUGCGGCGUAUGUGGAGGCCGGAGAGGGGGAACGGGAUUGUGGAUUUGGUGAAAAUGUGGUAGUGCAUGCGGCGUCAGACUAUGGGGUGAACUAUCUGGUCAGUGUAAUCCGAAAUCAAGAAUUGGGCAGUGUGAGUUUGGCGGAGGCGGCGAUGAGGAUUGGUUGAUUUGACGUUGUGUUCGGCGCUGUACCUCCUCCAUCUUUCCUAAGUAAUAUCCACUCCACGUACGUCCUAUGACUCUUAGAAAUAUCCACUUGUUCACUGUUUCGCACCAGAACCUUCUGGAUACGACAGUCACAAGCCCUACCAUCAUGCCACCCGGCAUAGAUAUCCAGGCGCGGUAACCCUC